CAUUGGCUCCGGCGGGAGCGCUGACCGCCAGCCGCCUCCGAACUAUUUCCUGUUGCUGCAGCGUUAAUGCUAAACAGACCUUGCUCUCUCUUCCCUCGCUCCAGCCAAAGUGCAGCGGCUCCGCCGCCGCCGCCUUCCCACCCGGAUGCCCAGCGCGUGCCAUCCCUGGAGCCGCUGAGAACUGCCGGGCACAGCAUGGAGAGUCGCCGGAGGGACAUGGAGCUGCUCAGCAACAGCAUGGCCGCGUACGCCCACAUCCGAGCCAACCCCGAGAGCUUCGGGCUCUACUUCGUGCUGGGCGUCUGCUUCGGGCUGGUGCUCACCCUGUGCCUGCUGGUGCUGCGCUUGUCCUGCCGGGCCUCCCCGCGGCCCCCGGCGCGCCCCGGCGACCUCAGCGAGGACGACGACGACGAGGACGAGGACGAAGAGGACACCGUCGACCGCGCAGCGUCUGAGUCGCUGCUGCCGGUGACCGAGAUCCCGCUGGAGAGCCACGGCCCCGGGGACGGGGCGCUGGCCGUGAACGUGUUCGCGUCGGCCGAGGAGCUGGAGCGGGCGCAGCGGCUGGAGGAGCGGGAGCGCAUCAUCCGCGAGAUCUGGCGCAACGGGCAGCCCGACAUCCUGGGAUCCGGCACCAUCGGCACCCUGGGCCGCGUCCACUACUACUGAGCCCGGCAGCUGCGCUGGCACGGUGUCUGCUCCCCCACGGCUGAUCCCACACCGUGCCAGGAGGGACAGGGGGGCUGCUCGCUGCCCCUGAGCUGGCAGAGCUGCCUUGGACUGUCCCUGCACCACGGAGAGCCAGACCCCGGGGUCACGGGCACCCCCGGGGCUGGACUUGCCCCCACCACGGUGGGACACGAUGCACUUUGAGCCAUUGGUACGACGGCUGGCACCAGCCGAGCAGCGCCGGGACGCGCGGGGACAGGGACAGGGACAGGGACAGGGCAGCCCUCGCUGCCCGGCUCAGCCGGGAUCUGGUGAGGGUUUCACCCCAUGGGCAGGGCCGGGCUGUACCCCCGUGUGAGCCGUGGGCUCCUGCCACUCAAACAUGGUGCUGUUGUACGAACUAGAGCCCAGCGUGGCGGGUCCGGCGUUUUGGGGGCCCUGGACACAGCGACGGUCUCGGCCCCCCCCCCCCCAAAGCCAAUUCCUUUCCCGGCCCCUCUAAAAUUAGCCGGGUCUUUUCCGGCGCCGCCCACCGUGACCCAACGCCCUGCGGCCGGACCAAGGCGGAUGUUCCCGCUGGACUCUGGGCCGGCCGCUGCUCCCCAGGGAUGCGGCAGCUCCCGCCGGGCUGAGCCGCAUCCUGCCCCAUCCCAGCCCAGCCCGGCCCCGCGGGGUGCCGGGCCCCGCUGCCCCCUCCCCGGCAGUUUUAUAAAAAUAGCUCCUUCCCAGGCUGGUUCCCCCCCGCCGCCAGUGCCAGCAGGAUCCAGAUGUUUUCCAGAUGUUCUCCAGUGGCUGGAGGCCAGGAUGUGCUGGGGCUGGGGCUGGAGCUGGCCUGGGAAACUGUGCGGGGGUGGAGGAGGAGGGGGAGGAGGAGGAGGCCCUGCCCCAAUCCAGCCACGGGCCCUGGAGGGACCCCUUGUGCCAUGGUGGGACCUUUUGUGCCUGGCAGGACCAGCCCGGGCCUUCAGGGGCAUGGCAGCCAACAGCCCUGAGCCCCCACACAGCACUCUGUACCCAAAAUAGUUUAUUUCAACAAUUUC